ACAUCUCAGAUCAGCUGUGUGGUCGCUGGAACACAGAACCAUGAUGGAACAACAGUGAAGAGAGAGAGAGAGAGAGAGAGAGAGAGAGAGAGCGAGAGAGAGAGAGAGAGAGAGAGAGAGAGAGAGAGAGAGAGAGAGAGAGAGAGAGGAUUCGUGUCAUGAUGGUGCUCGUAUUGAUUGUCGCAGGUCUUGUGGUUGUCGCGCUGCUCGUGGUUUUAUUCGCACCCCACAUUAGGAAAUACUCUGCAGGUGGAACAUGUAUGUCUAUGGCCCGGUUGGACGGGAAGACAGUCCUGAUUACUGGAGCCAACACUGGUAUUGGGAAGGAGACUGCCCUGGACCUGGCUAUCAGAGGUGCCAGGGUGAUCAUGGCGUGCAGAGAUGUGGAGAAGGGUGAGGAGGCCGCAGCAUCGAUACGACGUAUCUACUGCGAGGCAAACGUAGAGGUUCGAGAGCUGGACCUGGCUGAUACCAGCUCCAUACGGGCCUUCGUACAACGCUUCCUCCGAGAGGUCAACCACCUCCACAUCCUGAUCAACAAUGCUGGGGUCAUGAUGUGUCCUUACGUGAAGACCAAAGACGGCUUCGAGAUGCAGCUGGGGGUCAACCACCUGGGUCACUUCCUGUUGACGUACCUCCUGAUUGGUCUGCUGAAGCGCAGCGCUCCGGCCCGUAUCGUCGUGGUUUCUUCCCUGGCUCAUAACGUUGGCUGGAUCCGCUUCCAUGACCUCCUCAGCCAGGGCAGCUACAACAGCGGCCUAGCAUACUGCCAGAGCAAGCUGGCCAACCUUCUGUUCGCUAGGGAGCUGGCCCGCAGACUCAAAGGUUCCAGUGUGACUGUAAACUCCGUCCACCCGGGGUUGGUGCGCUCUGAGCUGGUCCGCCAUUCCACCGUCAUGUCUCUGCUGUUCUCCCUGUUCUCCUUGUUCCUGAAGAGCCCUCGGGAAGGGGCCCAGACAUCCAUCUACUGCGCCGUGGCAGAGGAACUGCACUCCCUCACCGGGAAACACUUCAGUGACUGCGCCCCGGCCUCCGUGGCCCCCCAGGGGAGGAACGAGGAGACAGCCAGGAAGCUGUGGGACGCCAGCAGUGAGCUCCUGGGCGUCGUCUGGGACCACUGACCUCAACCACCCUCUAUCAUCAAAACACGGGCUGCAACCCCAAACGCCCUGUAUAGGGCACUACUUUUGACCAUGGCCUUGUUCCAAAUCUCAAUUGUUACAGCAAGAGCCGGCAGUAGGGCCCACAGGGCCAUGCUAGAAAGUAGUGCACUAUAAAGGCAAUAGGGUGCCAUUGUGGAUGCCGCCAUGUUCUCUAAUGAGUCUUUGUUUUCAAUCGGAGAACAUAUUUAGCCUUAUCAUUUCAUGACACUACGUAAUCUCAAACUACAGUUAACCCAACAGCACUUGAAUAAUUGGGUAGUAACCAUAGAGGUAUACAGACACCAUUAUGGUAGUAACCAUAGUAACUGCAAGAUCAAAUGCGUUAUUGUUCUGUCACAGGUCUAGCCAGGGUCAUAACCAGGUCUAGCCAGGGUCUAGCCAGGGUCAUAACCAGGUCUAGCCAGGGUCUAGCCAGGUCUAGCCAGGGUCAUAACCAGGUCUAGCCAGGGUCAUAACCAGGUCUAGCCAGGGUCAUAACCAGGUCUAGCCAGGGUCAUAACCAGGUCUAGCCAGGGUGUAACCAGGUCUAGCCAGGGUGUAACCAGGGUCAUAACCAGGGUGUAACCAGGUCUAGCCAGGGUCAUAACCAGGUCUAGCCAGGGUCAUAACCAGGUCUAGCCAGGGUGUAACCAGGUCUAGCCAGGGUCAUAACCAGGUCUAGCCAGGGUCAUAACCAGGUCGAGCCAGGGUGUAACCAGGUCUAGCCAGGGUGUAACCAGGGUCAUAACCAGGUCUAGCCAGGGUGUAACCAGGUCUAGCCAGGGUCAUAACCAGGUCUAGCCAGGGUGUAACCAGGUCUAGCCAGGGUCAUAACCAGGUCUAGCCAGGGUCAUAACCAGGUCUAGCCAGGGUCAUAACCAGGUCUAGCCAGGGUCAUAACCAGGUCUAGCCAGGGUCAUAACCAGGUCUAGCCAGGGUCAUAACCAGGUCGAGCCAGGGUCAUAACCAGGUCGAGCCAGGGUGUAACCAGGUCUAACCAGGGUGUAACCAGGUCUAGCCAGGGUGUAACCAGGUCUAGCCAGGGUGUAACCAGGUCUAGCCAGGGUGUAACCAGGGUCAUAACCAGGUCUAGCCAGGGUGUAACCAGGUCUAGCCAGGGUCUAACCAGGGUCAUAACCAGGUCUAGCCAGGGUCAUAACCAGGUCUAGCCAGGGUCAUAACCAGGUCUAGCCAGGGUGUAACCAGGGUCAUAACCAGGUCUAGCCAGGGUGUAACCAGGUCUAGCCAGGGUGUAACCAGGUCUAGCCAGGGUCAUAACCAGGGUAAAUUAUAAACCAGCUGAUUGAGUUUGUAUCAUAUUAUAAAUGGGGUUCCAAAAUUCCUGUAACUUUCACGAAAUGCCAGUUUUCCAAAAUCCUAGUUGGAAGAUGGCUGUAAUUACAGGGGAAUAAGCAAAACACCCAGGAUUUCUGGGAAUUACAGGAAUUUGACAAAUUAUCCUCCAUGUGGAAUCAGAUUUAUUGUUUCCUUGUUUUGGACCUUUUCCACUCUAGGCUUUCUUAUAUCCCGCUCUUUUUCCCCUCAGCAUUGUUAAGCUACCAAGAUGUCUUUUAUACAAAUGUGAAACAUGCCUUUUUAGUACAUUUUAGGGUUGCAAUAUUUUUUUAAUAACAAUCCUGGAAUUACAAAGGGAAUAAAUCAGGAAAUCCUGAAUCCUCUCCAACCAGUAUUUAUGAAAAAAAAAACAGGGAAUUUUGGGAAAGUGAGCAGAAAUGUGCCCAAACUGCAUAGCAGUCAUGUCAGGAGUUGAAUGUUUACAUCUGUAAAUAAAGAUAAUAUUACUAGCUACUACUGGUAGUAGUUGUUUAUGUUUAGUAAUUGUGUCGCACGCAACAGAGGCGGCUGGUUGGAGGCGCUAUAGGAGGAUAGGCACAUUGUAAUAACUUAAAAAAAUAAACUGCAUUGUUGGUUAGGGGCUCGUAAGUAAGCAUUUCACUGUAAUGUCUACACCUGUUGUAUUCGGCGCAUGUGAUUGGAACGGAGUCAUACAUUUGAUACAGUUUCAGCCAUUACAACGAGCUUGUCCUCCUAUAGCUCCUCCCACCAGCCUCCUCCAAUAAGAAACCAUUCGUUAUUACCCCUCCAGCAUGGCUGCUUUAAGACAGGAAAUAAUUAUCAUACUCCUCACAUUUCCUGUGAUCAAUAAU